GCACGGUCAGUGUUGUUGGCUUUUUAAUAUGGCGAGUCCCAUCCAACGUGUGUAUUGAAGUGAAUACGUUUAAAAAGACUGACAACAUGUCUGAAUUGACAGAGACGCACAUUGAAUCCAGUGAUGAUGAACUCCCAGAGGAGAUCGGCUUUGAUGCGUCUAAAAGUGCUGCUCUGAAAAGCGUUAAAGAUGCACUGGAAGCAGUCAAAAGAGAAAAAAACCUACUGAAGGAGAAGCGAAAAAAGAGACAACAGCUGUUUCAAGAACAAAAGAAGAGAAAACUUCUUCCUCAAGAGCUUUUGGAGGAAUUUGAUACGAAACCCCAAAAACAGACAGAUCCAUCAGUCAAGAAAGGUAUCAAAAAAAAUGUGUCAACAAAGCCGUCAGACAACAACAAAGACAAGGAACAGAAAACAAAGACCACGCCUAAGAAAACCCCAAAAAGUUUACCAGACAGCUACAAAGUAACAAGGAUAAAGGAUGAUUCCGCUGCCAAUUCACUGCAACAAAAGGCCAUGGACUUCAUUCAGUCCCGCCUUUAUGGCCCAGGAACCAAAAGAACGACCAAUACAGAGCUUCUGUCCCUCAGUAAGAAAAGGGGUGGGAGCCAAGGUGCUGCUGUGGAUUUUGCAAGUAAAAAAUUGGGUGCUUAUAAAAAAGCGAAGAUUGCAAGGUCCAACAAGCGGUUUAUACACCAGCAGAAACUGAUUCCUUUAUGAGACAUAAAACGGGAGAAAGACCUGCUGAAUUAUGAGUUCAACACGUGAAAACUGUCACGUCCAAAGACUGCUUCCAUCAUCCAGCUGUUUUUGACCAUGUGGAUCGUAUUUUUCAAAAGGACACCUUUAAUUAUUUCAUACCUUUUUCUUUCAACCAUUUAAAAAGAAAUGACUUUCCUUACAUCUUAUGUACAAGUUAAAACUGAACAUUUUUUACUAGUGGCGGAAGCUGAAUGUGAAUUUAAGUUUGCAUAUUUACCCUACACGUCAAUAAAUGUAAACGUGAUCUAAGGAUGGACAGUUCAUUUGUUACACUGUACAUAAGAUUGACUUC